AUGCCUACAAAAAUUGAAGGUCGUCCAACGCGUCAUGAUUUAAUUGAUGAUAUUGUUGAAGCACCAUCAUCAUCAUCAUUAACUAUACCAAAUUCAAUAUCAUCAUUUAUGAUGGAUGGUGUAAAAACUUUACCAAAUAGAAAUUAUUCAAGUUAUUCAAAUAUUCCAACUUUAUUUAAUAAUAAAUCUAAACUCGAACAAAAUGAUAAUUCAGAAAAAUCAUCAACAUUAGCUGAUGAAUUACGUGAUCGUCUUAAUUUAACAUUACCACGUUCAAAUUCAUCAUCAACAAUGAGAAAUAAUGAUGAACGACGAAAAGAACUUGAUAUGGUUUUAAAACAUUUAUAUGAUGGAAAAUUAUUAACACAAUUAAAUGAUGAUAGAGCAUCAUCAGAUACUUCAGAACAUUCAAUUCCUAUAUUAACUAAAGGACAAACAACAUCAACAUCAACAAUGAUGAAAAUGGAUGAUGAUGAUAAUAAAAUGAACGUUGGAAAUAUGGAUUUACUUGCAUUCGAUUGCGAUGGUACAACCCUUCAACGUGAAUUACAAGAAAAAGAACUUGAUAUAAUGCAUUUAACGAAAGAAAUUCAGGAAUUACAAUUAGAAAAUAAACUACUCAAAGCUAAAGUACCAGUUCAAUAUCAAAAUGGUCAUUCAACUAAUAAUACUGAAACAGAAGCACUUCGUCGUGAAAAAGAUGUUUUACAAAAUGAAUUACGUAUUCAACAAGAAUUAGUUGCUAAAAUGCAAAGUUCCCAACAUCAAAAUGGAAUGGUUACACGUACAAGUAAACUUGAUGAAGUUACAUUACAUCAAAAAGAAGCAUUAGAAAAGAAACUAAAAGCAUAUGAAAAACAAAUGCGUGCAUUAACAAGUGAUAAUGAUAAAUUAAAACAACAUUUUCAUCAAACUGAUCGAACAAUUGCUCAAUUAAAAAAAGAAAAUGAAGAAUUACAAUUAAAAGUCACUGAAGCUAAAAAACGGAAUGAUGAAUUACUUUAUCAAGAAUUUAAUGCACUUCGAAAUGACUUAAAAAUGCUUAAACAACGAAAUGAUGAAUUAUUUGAAGAAAAUCGUCGGUUACAACAUGGACAACAAAGACAACAACAAAAUCUUGCUUGGCGUGCAACACUUCAACAAGCAUAUGGAAAUGAUCCACAACAGCAACAGCAACAACAACAAGGAUCACAUAAUGAUACUAUACAACCUUCACCAUCAUUGAAAGGACCUACUACAGAUUCAAAACGUGAACGGUCAAAAAUUAUCCGAAGUGAUAGUCCAAAUAUGUCCGAAAAUAGUGAUUCAACAAAUUAUCUAACAACAGUUAGUGUUGAUCGUUAUAAUAAUCGACCCCCAUCAGCAAUAAAUCGAUCAAUAAAAUCUGAUACGAAUUAUCAUCAACCUCAUAAUACAUCCAAAUAUGGUUCAUCAACAACAACACAAGAAGAAUUUAAUCGUACUUAUCCAAAUUCAUUCUCAAAAUCAAUUGAACCACAAGGAAAUAUUCGUUCAGCAAAACCGAAACGAUCUGUUGAAUGGAAUGAAGAAAACAUUCAACAAAGUGAAGGGCCACAUCAUCGAGAUAUUGGUAAUUAUGAUAAUCAACAUCGUUCACAACGACAACGUUCACCAGAUAGAGGAAAUGAUUAUAUGUCUUCACCAUUAGGAACAUCAUCACCGAAUUUAUAUCAACAAAAUUAUGGUCUUAACCGAAGUGUUACAAUACCUGAAUCUGAACAUCAUUCACGUCGUUCAAAUAGUUAUAAUGUAUCAAGUAAACAUAUGAAUAACGAUGAUGAUAUGCAACAUGAUGAUCGUCGUCAUCGUCGAGCAAGCAUUGAAACAGCUAGUCCAAAACGUCCUUAUGCUCCAUCAUCUAUUACUGAUAUUCACGUCAGUGAUGUAGUUAAAUUUUCUCGACCAGGUGGUAAAAUUAGUAAAGGUACUGUUAAAUAUAUUGGCCCUAUACCAGACAAAAGUGAUCACUACCUUGGGUUAGAAUUAGAAGAUGAAGAAAGUAAACAUGAUGGUGUUUAUCAAGGACAACGUUUAUUCCAAUGUAAACCAAACAAAGGUGUAUUUGUUGGUUUUAGCAAAGUGAUAAUGGCAUGGAGUGGAAAAUAA